AGGAAAUGACCCUAAAUACCCCUCACAAAAUCCAAGAUGGCCGCAAGAAAUGCUCUAAAAGAUAUAAAGCGGGCAAAAACCCAUAAAGGAAGGCGCCUUUUGGAUGCGAAGGAACCAAAGCUUGUUGAAAACAGCAAGACAACGAUGUUUAUUCGAGGUGGAAGAACGAGCGAAACAGUCACACAGGCGCUCAAAGACUUGUAUGUCCUCAGAAAGCCUCAUGCUGUCAUUUUUAAAAGGAAGAAUAUCAUGAGACCGUUUGAAGAUGAAACCUCUUUAGAAUUUUUUUCAAACAAAAAUGAUGCGUCAACGUUUGUUUUUGGUUCUCAUUCUAAGAAAAGACCUCACAAUCUUGUGAUUGGACGUUUUUUUGAUGGUCAUAUCUUAGACAUGGUAGAAUUGGGCAUUGAAAAUUUUGCUUCUUUAAGGGAUUUCCAGACUGAAAAAUGUGCAGUAGGAACUAAGCCUUGUCUAGUGUUUGUUGGCGAGGCUUUUGACACAGAACCAGAAUAUGUCAGACUAAAGAAUCUUUUAAUAGAUGUAUUUCGUGGUGCAAAUGCUGAAAAAGUUAGGCUGCAAGGCUUGGAACAUGUUAUACAGUUUACAGAACUUGAUGGAAAAAUAUUCCUAAGGAGUUAUAGAGUUUUACUAAAGAAGUCAGGAACAAGAACACCUCGAGUUGAACUUGAAGAGAUAGGUCCUUCUCUUGAUCUGGUGAAACGACGAGUUAAACUGGCAUCAGAUGAUCUGUGGAAGAGAGCAGUAAAGAAACCAAAAACGCUUAAGCCAAAGAAGACAAAGAACAUAUCCCACGAUCCCUUCGGCUCUAAGCUUGCGAACAUUCACAUGCAACGUCAGGACUACAGCAAACUACAAACACGGAAGAUGAAAGGAUUGAAACGGAAAACGGAAAACCAAAAAGACAACAGCCGCGCAAAGAGACCAAGAAAGACAGCAAAGCAAAAAUGACUCAUUGAUGAAUCGAUUUAACUUCACAGAGUGGAAGGGGAGGGAGGGUCUUGUCCCCCCUUACUGAUAUAUGGUCGAGGAUUAUUGACUUGGAUUACAAAAAGUGGAGCGAUGGAACGGUGGAACGAUGGAUAAUUGAUUUAAUUAUCCAUGGUGGAACAAAGAGAACAGUUUCAACUGAAUUCACAUUGUUGUAUUAAAUGACUGUACUUAUAUUACA